GUCAGUAUUCAAUCUAUCGCACAAUGAUUCGCAAUGCCUUGGGGCUGGUGCUCGGUCUGAUCUUGGGCAUUCGCCUCACCGAAUACUGGGACUUAAGCCACAUGAGAUCCAACACAAAUAUGGUAAUCCCCCAGUCCCAGAACAAGGCCUGGCUCUUCAAUGAGACUCGCGUGCUGUGCCUUGUGCUGGCGAAUCCCCUGUAUAUUACGAGUAUGAAGGCCAAAGUGAGGUCCACGUGGGGCAAGCGAUGCAACAAGUUGAUAUUCAUGAGAAGCCGGAUGCGGAAAAAUUUCAAUGGAAGCACAUUUGCCGGAGUUAAAGCUUCUUUGCGAUCCAUCUACAGGCAUCACUUCGAGGGCUACGACUGGUUCCUCAAAGCAGAUGCCAAUACCUAUGUGAUUAUGGGGAACUUGAGACGUUUUCUCUAUCGCUAUGAUCCAGAAUCUUCGCUUGUCUUUGGUCACCGUCAGAGAUCGGACUUCCGGGAGGGAUAUAUGCAUGGGUCAGCGGGCUAUGUCUUGAGUCGCGGUGCCAUGCGCCGCUUGAAUCUGUUUGCUUUUAAUGGCAGCAAUAUUUGUGAUCCCAAAAAUCACUCGUUCAGCGCAUUGGAGGACAGCAAGAAAUCCUUCGCUGCAUUGGACGGUAGGAAUAACUCCAUGGCAUUGGAGGACACGCAUCUCUCUUCGUCAGCUGAAGACAGAGCCAUGGGUCUGUGCCUGAAGCAUGUCGGUGUGAUUCCUGGCGAAUCCCGCGAUGGCCUGAACCAAGAGCGCUUCCUGCCCCUCAUGCCACGAUGGCUAAUGCCUGGAAAUGCCACAUUGAAGCCCUACACGGACACCAUCUACUUCAAACCAACGACCGCAAAUUGCUGUUCCGAUACAUUGAUUAGCCUACAUUCAGUGAAUGGUGUGGACUUUGACCUUCUGGAGUUCUUUCUCUACAAAGUGAGGGUCUUUGGCGACCACAAGCCGCUGCCUAAGUUGCCGCCACGCCUGGGCUUCAGGGAAAUGCAUUCCCUGCUGCGCUAUUGGUCCCAGGUGGUGUCCAAUAACCUGGAGAAGCCAGGAGCUUAAUGUAAUUGCUACACUUUGUGAUAAAUAAACCAAGACGCAGCGACGAUGAAGAUUUAUGCCCAUCAAUAAGGCCAAAA